AUGCCGGCUCUGGCGAAAGCAGCGUUGCAGAUGUCCGCGCUUUCUUUCCCUUUGUGCGCGAUCGUAUUCGGAGUUAACGAUGUAUAUGACUACGAGUCGGACCUACGUAAUCCGCGCAAGAAAGCGGAGGGUAUGGAGGGUGGCAUUCUCAACCCAGUUUUUCAUAAAGACGUCUUGACAGCAGCAUACUGGUCCUCUGCGAUCGUCAUGACGGCAGCUAUGGUCUGCGGAGAGCCGCAGAACGUCCUUGCGAACGCUGUCUUGGUCACUUUAGGCUGGCAGUAUUCCUCCCCGCCUUUCCGCCUGAAGGAAAUUCCAGUGGUGGAUUCAAUUUCGAACGGCUUGAUAGUCUUCUUAGCCUGGUUUAUAGGUUUCAGUUUUUCGGGUCGCAGUAUCGCGGAGGCCCCCGCGAAAGGCUAUAUGAUGAGUCUCUGCACCGCAGGAGUGCAUGCCCUAGGUGCCGUUAUGGACACCGAGGCUGAUCGAGCUGCAGGACAGAAGACAAUUGCAGUGGUGUUGGGAAAAAGAUGUGCAGCGAUAUUUGCUGCCAUGUGUUAUGUCAUUGCGUCGACAACUGUUGACGCCAAUUCGAUUUUCGGAGUCUAUGUGAGGUGUGGUAUCCUCAUCAUGGUGAUCCCAUGUAUCAGGCCAACGUUGGCCCACCGUGCUUUCCAAGCCAUUGUCUACUUCUCGAUAACGAUGGCUAUUGGUUGGAUUGGCGUCGAAGGGAAGAGCAGAGCGUCCAAAAUCCUGACGGCUGUUUGA